AACAACAAAAAGCUGCAUUGCUGACAGCGAAAGUGCUUCAGAUGCAAAAGCUGACUGUACCUGAUGUAAGAUAUAUUAAAUUAUUUGAAAUUUUUAUUAUAAACACAUUUUCUUUCAUUCGAUGGAUAUAGUUAAUACUUUUGCAAUAAUCGUAAGAACGUAAAUGAAAUUAAAAAUAAAUCGUAAUUGAACUUUUUAAUGCAGUAUUAAUUGAAAGAUUAUACCUACAGUGUCCAACUGCUGUCUGGUUUACCCUAUUUUAAGUUUUUAUUAUUUUGAACGUGGACAUACAUUUUAAUAAAUCAAAAUAUCAAUCACUCUGAACUUUUCUAAACGUCACCUUUUAUUAUUAACAAAUUUUCAUCAAUGCAUUUUUACCAACUUAUUUAUAGUGAAAAUGUUAAAAAUAAAAAAAACUUAUAAUUAAUUUUUGCAUGAUUAUCUUAGAUUACACUUGGUAAUCAGUAUACUGGAAGUGUUUUCCAUGAACCUAAAACAGACUCGAAAAAAUCUUUAAAAGGCACUCAAAGCAAAAAAGUCUUGCCAAACCCAGAUAAUAUCAACAAACAAUCGCAGGUAUUUUAUUAAAAAAUAUCAGAGUUAUAAUUAUUGAUAUUAAUUGAAAUGACAUCUUUUUUCUUGUUAAUUGUUCUACUUUUUGAAAUCGUUAAUAGAUUAAAUUUUUUAAUGUUUACAAUUUUUCAGUCUCAAACUUCAAAACGAAAAGGCGUUUCUGCUUCUGGAGGUACACCAACAAAAAUUUUAAAACAAACACCGAUAUCCGGCCACACAGCGAAAGAUACCAGCCAUAAACCGAAAAGCAGUCUCACAGCGAAAGGCAGCCGCACUGACGAUACCAACCAAACACCGACAAGCAGUCUCACAGCCAAAGGUAGCCGCAUUGACGAUACCAACAAAACACCGAAAAGCAGUCUCACAUCCAAAGGCAGCCACACUGACGAUACCAACCAAACACCGAAAAGCAGUCUCACAGCCAAAGGUAGCCGCAUUGACGAUACCAACAAAACACCGAAAAGUAGUCUCACAGCCAAAGCCAGCCGCAUUGACGAUAUCAACCAAAUAGUGAAAAGUAGUCUCACAGCCAAAGCCAGCCGCAUUGACGAUAUCAACCAAAUAGUGAAAAGCAGCCUUACAGCCAAAGAUACUAGUUUUACCUCCAAUGCCAGACACGCAUCUGAUGCAUCUGAUACCAGCAGCGAUGAGGAAACUAGUGAUGCAGCACUUAUUUCAGAAAUUGAUGCUAACUUGAUUUUGCAAGAUUCACAAGGACGGGAACAAGAAAUCCGAAAUUUAAAACGACAAUUAAUUGAUACUAUGAGGAUUAAUAAAGUUCUAAGUGCUCAAAACAUCGAACUGCAGCAGAAAGUCGUCGACAAAUUUCCGAGUAUUCAAUGUAUAUAUUGUAUAAUUUAUGUACAUAUUUAUAAAAUUUUAUAUUACGAUAUUUUUUUACACUUUUUAGAAUUUUGGAAAUUUGAAGGUGUGCCAAAGAAUAAAAAAUAUAAUAUUUUUGAUCAACUUUAUUUUGCAGCUUCGCUUCAAACUGUUAAUGAAACAUCUGAGAGAAGUCUUCAAGAUCGAAUAGCAAGCGGUGAAGAUUUACCAGUGGGAACAAUUGAUCGCAUUAGUCAAACAAUUCAUGGAGGAUACGGUAUUUGGAUCCCGCAAGAUGAUUAUGGGAGAGCGAAGUUCAAGUCGAAAGGUUGUUCUACAAAAUUUAUCAGAUCCAUGUCUAGAGCAAUAUUUACAGUGGAGGUUUUAAAAGCAUCGAGCGUUACUGGACAAUUGUCUAAUAAAGACAGAAACAAAGUUAAUGUCACCCCAAGAACGGCAUUAAAUUCCAGAAAGGUGAAUGCUUUGAAAGCCAUUACAAGAUUUUGGAUGGUGGAACGGAAGAUUGAUGAAGAUAAAAUUCUAAACGCUAUGGAAAGUAUUGGUACAACAUUAUCCAAACAAAUUAGCGAUCUAAACAGAAAAAAUCCGAGUAGGAAAAACAGGACCAAGAAGUCAAAAGUGAAGUCAAAGAAAAUAAUUCCUAUGGAAGAAGAGGAAAGUAGUGAUGGAGAGAGUGUUGCCAGUGAAAAUGGAAAAUUAAAAUCAAAGAAAACAAUCUCUCCAGAAGAUAAUGAAAGUAACAGCGAUGAGAAUGAAGAAAUAUCCAAUUCCCGAAUAGUUACACAACCUGAUCUUCAGACGCGUGAAAAGAGUGACCCUCCAGAGUCAGACAAUACUACUGACUUCUCAGAAGAAGAACAACUCGAUGAGGAGCUUUCCGAUAGGGAAAACUUUCAAGUAGACACACCUACUGAAGACGAUGAUUAAGAUAAAUAUAUAAUUUCUUUGUUUAAAACAUUAUUUUUUUAGUAAUGAGCGCCUUAUUAUAUGAAAAGAAUAUAUAUUUUAUUACUAAGGCCAUCAAAAAAGUUAAGUUGAAAAGCUACAUUUUUUUCCACAAUAUUCAGCUUUGAUUGCUUAAAGUUGAAUAUAAAAUGAGAAAAAACAAUUAUUUUUUUAUAAUCAAAUUUAAACAUUUAAGUACUUGUUUCUCUUUAAUGCUUUAAUUUUUGUCCUUGAAAAUGCAGAAUUGUUGGAAAUGAAAGUAUAUCACUUAGAAAGAUUUUUUUGAUAAUAAGUAAAAGUUCUAAGAGAGUAGUAUAUACUUUCUAUGCUUUCAUUACUUACAAAGAGACUGAAUUUAACCGUAGUUUUACUCUUAGAAUCUUGGAUAUUUUAUAAAAUUAAAGCAUAAUUCAGUUUAUACUUAAAGACGAAAUAAAUUUUAUUCAUCUUACUUUAAAAACUUGUGACUCGAAAACAGUAUUUUACAAUAAAUCCACGCGACAAUUAA